ACAAUUCCUCGUAGAGCAAGGACUUUUUGAGCAACGCAUGAAAGAUGUUAUACUUAGAGAGGAGAGAAUUAAGGAUAGAUUAGAGGAGCUUGAAUCAAGAGACAAACAUUUUGAGGAUCGGUGUAGAGAGCUCAGAGAGAAGGAGAAGCAGUUGAAUGGUAUUCCUAAUGCGCACUUAAAGACAGAAGCUACUGAAGAUGUAACAGUGGACACGGUCUAUACUACUGUAGGUAAUUCUACUGUUACAAGAUUUACUGCGAUAAUGGAUGGGAAGAGCUUACAGAUAUUCUUAAUUGAGCAUGAGAAGGAGCUGGCUUUGAUGUCUGAUGACAUUUUUGAGGCUCUGCAGAUGUCUCCUGACCCUGCAAAAUUGGUGCUUGAUGCAAUGGAAGGUUUCUGUCCUCCCCAUUUGAGAAAGAGAGAAACAGAGUUUGAGGGUAGUGUUGCCCGAAGGAGCUGCAUUCUUCUGUUAGAGCAGUUAAUUAGGGUUUCACCAGAGAUUCAAGGUUCUGUGAGGGAAAUAGCAAGAUGCAUUGCAAGUGAUUGGAAGGUCAAAAUAGAGGCUACCGAAGGAAACCAAGAUGAGAUCUUGGUUUUCUUGUAUCUUUUGGCUGCGUACAGUUUGGUUUCUUUCUUUGAUGCUGAUGAACUUAUGAUCCUGCUGGAGAGUGUUGCUAAGCAUGACAAAUUUGCAGAAUUGUGUUGUGCUCUUGAUAUGAAGCAGAAUUUACCUUGUUUUAUCCAGAAUCUUCUAACCAAGCAGCAACACCUUGAAGCUAUUAGACAUGCUUAUGCUUUUGAACUAGUGGACCAUUUCCCGCCCACAGCCAUUCUGAAAGAUUACUUGGAAUGUGUUGAACGUAAUUAUGUGAAUGUCUUGGAGAAAGCGACCUCCUCCGCUGAAGAAAAGAUUGAGGCCAUUGAACAAAGGGUUGCUUCUGUUAGAGCUGUUAUCAGAUGCAUUCUGGUUUACAAACUUCAGUCUCAAUAUCCGGUAGAACAACUUGAAGAGCAGAUAGAAUUUCUUACAAGGCAGAAGGAAGAUCAAGCUGCAUUAUCCAUCAUUUGUGAGGCUAAAAGGCCAGAGCAAGCUAAUGUGAACCAGAUGGGAUCAACUAAUCCAUCUAUUCGCACAGGCACCAAGGCCCUUAACUCUGUAUCAGUCUCUGCUAAAGCCUGCGCUUGCACUUUUGAUCAUUCCAAUACUAUGGCAAUUAUUAUUAUGAACAUGAGUGGAAAUAAUUUGCAGAAUUUUUUGAACAAGCAUUCUAAGGAGCACAAGUUGUUGCGCAGUGAAGUCUUUAGUGCUCUUCAAAUGUCACUGGACUCAGAUAUGCUUGUGUUGGAAGCACUGGAAGGGUUUUAUCCUCCCAACCAUCGGAGAGAAGAGAUUGGAUUUCAUCGUAAUAUUAUCAGGCAGAGUUGCAUCCUUUUAUUAGAACAAUUGAUGGAACUUUCACGGGAGAUUAUACCAGAGGCUAAAUUAAAAGCAAGCAAGCUUGCAUUUGCCUGGAAAGCAAAGAUGAUGACUGAAAUGGAAAACCAUUUGACAAUCUUGGGUUUUCUGCUUCUUGUAGGUUGCUAUAGAUUGUCAUCUGCCUUCGAGAAAGAGGAACUUGAGAGUUUGUAUCACAAGGUAGCACAUCAUGUGAAUACAUCUAAAAUUUGUCACGUCCUCGGUAUUUCAGAUAAUACUUCAAAAAAAUCCAAGAGACAUCAGGCUCAAGGCUGUACAGAUGAAUCUAUUUGCGACAACAUGGAUAUAAAUGGCAAAAGACACGAUGUACUCUGCCAUUGUGCUUCAAGUUCAUAUUGUACAUCAGAUCCUGCUUUGCUUGUAUUGGAUGCUUUCCUGAGCUGUCAUCCCACAAAAAUAGUGAGGUGUGAAAACUUCCCAUCAGUUAUGAGGGCUUUCUCUGAUCUGUUGGACCAGCUGAGAGGAGUUUCUCCAGAAAUUGAUCUUCAUGUUAAAAAGGAAGCUUUUGUGUUUGCAUCUGACUGGUAUUCUUUUUUGAUGGGGUCCCAAGUAAAACCUACCGAGAUCGUGGCAUUUUUGCAGCUUUUAGCUAUUUAUAAAAUAACAGAUUCUUUCCAUCCAGAUAGACUUUUAGGUCUCCUGGAGAAAGUUCAGCCAACUGAAAGGGUUGUUGCUUUGGUCAAAAUCCUUGGGCUGACAGAUGAGAUCCAAUACUUGGUCCAAAAUCUUAGAGACAAAAACCAGUGGCUGGUGGCAUUUAAUUAUGUCUAUGCAUUUGAGCUUGUUAACUUGGUUUCACCAGUGUUGCUCCUGAAGGAUUAUGUCAGUUACUCAAAACAGAUCGCCAAGCGAAUUCUUCAUGCUGGAAAUAGUUCUUAUGAAGCCCAAAUUAAGGCUAUAAACUGUGAAAUAUAUGCACUAAGAAAUGCAGUUAGACAUAUUGUGGAUCGUGGUCUUCAAUCGGAAUAUUCACCUUUCUGUCUUGAACGACAGAUCGAAAGACUUCAAUAUCAGAUAUCAAACUUGAGGCGAUCAGACUCAAAUUGGGACUUAACUGGUAUGUCCCAACAACAUGAACCAAAUAACGGAAUUUACGAAUCUGGUACAUUUGCUCAAGUGCGAAAAGAGUUCACAAGGAAACGUUCUGCCCCAGCCGGCGAAACUUAUGCUAUCUACAGGGCUCAACAAACACAGUAUUUUAAGCGCCAUAGUCAUUUAUCCAUGAGGAGAUAAGCUGUAUCAAGUGUUAUAUUAACAAUCUUUCACAGCUAUGUUCUGUACAAGCAUUUUGGAGGAACAUUUGAAGGGCUAAUAAGAGUUUAAUGAUAACACGUCUUUUAGGGAGAAAGAGGGGAAGGCAUAGUUGUCUGGGGAUAACAUUUUGAGGCUCACUUUUCCAAAUAUUUGUAUGAUUUCUUGAGGUAAACAAUUCAAUGAAUCCGAAGGCUAUCAGAACCUGACUACCAUGAUUUUGAAGGCGAGGUGAUUGUGGUGGUAUAUGUGUAAGAUCCUCCCGGGUGAAGACAUGGAUCAUCUUCUUCUACAUUUAGGGUAGUCUCUUAUGGUUGAAAAUUCUAUGAUCUUUUGGCGUAUAUACAGGUAUUGUGGAAGGAAUGUCGUUCAACUGGGACUACGGAAGAUGGAGGUGAAGAUGCAAGGCACAUAGAGGUGUUCCACUAACACUCAUGUAGGUUGUUUUUGGGGAGAAAACAUGAAAGUUUUUGAAGGGAUUCUGCACUGUUAAUAGUCUUUGGUGCACCCAUGAUUGUAUAGACUAUUGGGUGUUGACUUGUAUAAAAUCAUAUCUUCUUUUUAGGUUUUCCAUAUAAUACAAAACCAUAUCUUUUUUUUACGUUUUCGUAUAUGUCUUGUAUAAUAUAGGUGUUUAUCUUACUGCACCAGUUCAUUCAAUAAAAGAAUAUUCUCAGCCUUCAA